AGUAUAUCCUUCUCUCUCUCUCUCUUCACGCUCUCAUUGCUCUGUAAACCUCACUCUCUCUCUGUACCCAACUAACAUGCAUGAUUCUCUCACAAAGCCACCAUUUUAGCUGUUUCGAAACCUCAAAGCACCCAAGUUUCCACAUCUGAAUCUCUCUCUCGCUCUUAAGAGUAAAGUAUACGGUCCCAACAAAAAGACCCAGAAGAAAUGGGUUGCGCACAGUCUAGAAUAGAGAACGAGGAGUCGGUGUCGCGGUGCAAGGAACGCAAGAACCUCAUCAAAGACGCCGUAAUAGCCCGCAACGCCUUCUCCGCUGGCCAUUCCGGCUACGCCGUGGGCUUAAAGAACACCGGCGCCGCGCUCAGCGACUAUGGUCAUGGCGAGGCCGAAGAGCCCCACCAACACCACCACCAGCCUCCGGCGGACCCGACCGCCGCUCAACCGCCUCCGCCGCCUCCGCCGCACAUGGAAAAUCUUCCGCCGCCGCCGCCGCUCCCGAACUUCUCGCCGAGCCCCAUCCCCAUUAAGCGCGCCACCAGCAUGCCCGCCAUGCCCACGAAGCCCCGAAAGGUCAGGGCCAUUGCCAUUGCGGAAGAAGAAGAAGAUGAUGAUGUAGUAGAAGGCGAAGAAGACGAGGAAGAAGACAAUGAGGGCAAUGUUGGAAUGGAGGAAAAGAACGGUAUUAUUGCAAAGGGUGGUACAAGAAAUGGUGUCGGAGAAGUAGACCCCCCACUGACACCGGACAUGAAGGCGGUCCCACCGAUGCCGGAGUCAAAGGGCAUGGCCUGGGACUACUUCUUUAUGGUGGAGGAGGGUAUGGCCCCUGGGCCAUCUCUAGGCGAGAACGUUGAGGCUGAGAAUGUGAGCGAAGGUGUGGCCUUUGGCGGACAACCCAAAAAUGUGGAGCCUAAUGGGGUUGAUUUUAGAGAUGCGGUGGAGGCUAAUGGGGUUGAUUUUAGAGAUGCGGUGGAGCCGAAGACGCCGGAGAAGCAGAUAGAGCACGCCAACACGGCGCCGCCGGAGAUGAGGAGAAUGGCGAAGGCGGUGGGGAGUGUGAGUUUAUUGAAGAUAUUGGGUGAGCUUGAUGAUCAUUUCCUCAAGGCCUACCAGAGCGCCCAAGAGGUCUCCAAGAUGCUGGAGGCAACUCGCUUGCAUUACCACUCCAAUUUCGCUGAUAAUCGGGGACACAUUGAUCAUUCUGCAAGGGUCAUGCGCGUUAUCACCUGGAAUAAGUCGUUCAGAGGUGUAUCCAAUGGUGAGGGUGGGAAGGAUGACUUUGAUUCAGAAGAAUACGAAACUCAUGCCACUAUUUUGGAUAAGCUGUUAGCCUGGGAAAAGAAGCUUUAUGAAGAAGUCAAGCAAGGUGAGCUAAUGAAGCUUGAGUAUCAAAGGAAGGUUGCUCUGCUGAACAGGCAGAAGAAACGAAGUUUGAGUCCUGAAUCCUUGGAAAAAACAAAAGCAGCUGUAAGUCAUUUGCAUACGAGAUAUAUAGUCGACAUGCAGUCAAUGGAUUCAACGGUUUUGGAAGUAAAUCGCCUACGUGAUGAGCAGUUGUACCCAAAACUUGUUGCUCUUGUUGAGGGGAUGGCCAAAAUGUGGGAAAGCAUGCGCCUGCAUCAUGACGGUCAGCUGAGACUUGUUAUAGACCUCAAAGCCCUUGACAUUGUAGAUACUUCCAAGGAAACAACGAAACACCACCAUGACCGCACUGUCCAACUCUGGAAUGUUGUCCAAGAAUGGCAUUCAGAAUUUGAAAAGCUGGUGACCCAUCAAAAACAAUACAUCCGAGCUCUUCACAGUUGGUUGAAAUUAAAUCUCAUCCCCAUUGAAAGCACCUUAAAGGAGAAAAUCUCAUCCCCACCUAGAGCCCAGCAUCCUCCAAUCCAAGCCCUCCUCCAAUCGUGGCACAACCAUCUUGAAAAGCUUCCAGAUGAGCUUGUGAAAUCUGCAAUUUCCUCCUUUGGUGCUGUGAUAAAAACCAUAAUAAUUCAACAGGAGGAAGAGAUGAAGCUAAAAGAGAAGUAUGAGGAGACCAGGAAGGAGUACUACCGCAAAAAACAAGCAUUUGAGGACUGGUACCAAAAGUAUAUGCAGCGGAGGGGGCCAGAGGAAAUAGAAGCUGAAAGGGGUGAAGAUGCAAAUCCCAAGGAUCCCAUGUCAGAGAAGCAAUUUGCUAUUGACAGCUUAAAGAAGAGAUUGGAAGAGGAAGAGGAAGCUCACCAGAAACAUUGUAUUCAGGUGAGAGAGAAGUCACUGGGCAGUCUCAAAUCUCGUUUACCUGAGCUCUUUCGUGCCAUGUCAGAUUAUGCUCAUGCCAGUUCUGAAGCAUAUGAGCAAAUAUGGUCCAUCACGCAGUCACAGAAAUCUAAUGGGGGUCCCUCGUGAGGUUAUCUUAACCCUGUUUCGUAGUAAAGUUUAAUCAAAACCUGUCGUUUUCCAGACAAACUUGUUUUAUUAGCGAAGCGAUGAUGUAAUGUUAUGAUCUUUGUUGUUGUGUGGGAAA